ACAAGCCAGUGCGAGGAGAACCGCUUAACAAACGUCGAUCAAAAUCCGUUAAAAUUGCGUGGUUUUACGCCGGGGGUAGGCAGGCUGUCCUGAAGAGCGACAGUAGGGACUACGGUUUCGCGAUGAUGAGUUCGCACCCGCACCACAGUUACGGAUUUUUGCCGGGCAUGGAUCUUCACUCGGUGCACCACGUGCCGCAGGAGAUCCCGGGUCCGCAGCAGACGUCGCUGCCUCAGGAGCAGCACAUAAAGAGGCCAAUGAACGCGUUCAUGGUUUGGUCCCGUAUCCAGCGACGCAAGAUAGCGCUUGACAACCCAAAGAUGCACAACUCGGAGAUAUCGAAGCGUCUCGGUGCCGAGUGGAAGCUCUUAACGGACAUGGAGAAGCGGCCAUUCAUCGACGAGGCGAAGAGGUUGCGAGCGCUGCACAUGAAGGAGCACCCCGAUUACAAGUACCGUCCUCGACGGAAGCCGAAGGCUCCAGUCACCGUCGCCCAGGGUAAGCCGGGUUCCCUGAGUCCGGGUGGUUUCCCGAGCUUCCCGCUGCCGCCUUACUUCGCUGCCCCGACGGCGCCGGUGCCUCACCAUCCGCUGGAGUACCAGCCGAUAUCUCCGUACUUCGGCUCGGCCUUCGACGCUGUUCACCUGAGCAAACUGGUCGCCCAGGGUGGUCAGAACAGCGGGUCAGCCUCCGACGCGGCGAACAACAACGCGGCAUCGGCCGCAGCGGUGGUCAGCAGCUUCUAUUCGAGUUUUUACCCACCCACCUCGACGCCGGGGAAGCAUUACCACACAUCGCCGUCCCACCUGAGCCCCCUGUUUCCCGGACACCAUCAAGGACCCCCGUUAAUGUUCGGCUCCGGCGGCUCGGGAGGCAGCGUCGCGACGAGCAGCCCGAGCAGUUCACCAGGCACAACACCGAUAUCCUCGUCACACCCCCAGGUCUCGUCGGCGGCGACCCUAGACCUCGAUCAACUCCGAAGACCCGUCUCCGUCAUAUUCUAG